CAACACCAUCCCACCGACCAUCUGCUCGUGUCCCUCGUCGCUGCUCGUGUCCCUCGUCAAUGCUCCACGCUCCACCCUGGGGCCGGCUCGUCCUCACUCGCUGGGAGGACGCGGGCUGUGAGCGGCCCCGCGGCGGAGCCUACGUGCUCGCAACUCGCAACGUGGAGUGUGGCCGAGCGAGCGCGUGCGCCAUCCACUUCAACAAGCGCGUGGACUGGGUUUCCAAUCGCCAUUUUGAGGUCGGGCGCGACGAAGAGGGCCCGUGGCUUUGCGACCGCUCGUCCAACGGGACGUGGCUCAACGGGGCGCAACUCGUGCAGGGGAAGCCGGCGCGAAUGAACCUUGGAGACACCAUCGAGCUCCGCGCGGCCGCCAAGAGUGAGGGCCAGCCGCACAAGACGAUCGCCUUCCGCUUCGAGCCGCCGCCGCAGCCGCUGAGCAAUGUGCCUCCGCCUCUCGAGGACUCGCCGCCGGCAGAGAGCGAGUCGUCCAAGCGGCAGCGGCCGGGCGCGCAGCGCGAGACUGACCUCCCGACGAGGAUGGCCGAAGACAGGCCGCGUCAGGCGCCGCUCUCCGCGGCGGCGGCGGCGGCGUUUGAGGCGCGGCUCGAGGCGGUGGGCGCAGAGCUGCGCGACGUCAAGGCGCAGCAGGAGGCGGAGGCUCGACGGCUGGUGUCGGCCGAGGAGGCGGCGAGGGCCGCCGAGCAGCAGGCGCAGGCGGCGCGCGAGAGGCGGGCGGAGCUGUCGACGCAGCUCGAGGAGGAGCGGGCGGCGCGGGCGACGGCAGAGGCGGCCUUGGCGCGCGAGCGGGCGCGCGCGGUCGAGAUGGAGGAGCGGCUGCGGGAGGCAGAGGCGGAGAGGGCGGCGCGGGCUGCAGCCGAGGCGGCCGCCGCGAGAGAGCGGGCGCGGGCCUCGGAGCUGGAGGGGCGACUCAAGGAGCUGCGGAGGGCCGUCGAUGAGGCAGCGGCUCUCCCGGCGCAGCUGGGCAAGCUGCUCGGCGCGGCGAGGCAGGCGAGUGUGCCAACGUGAGGCGACGAGCCAAGGCAACGCGGACAGCAGCAGCAGCCGACAACACGGAGCGACGCCGGCAAGCGGGGCUGUGCGGAUUUGCAGAGCCGAGAGCCGCGUGGAGCCGACUCUCGGUCUCCGCAGCUGAUGGCGCGAGCACUCGCAGCGAGACGAGCCUGGGGAACACGCUCGAACGUCAAUGGCGCCUUUUCUUGCACUGGUUUGUGCUAUCGACCAGAACACUUCAAGGUCUCAGGGCCUCUCGCACCCUGGCCCUGGCGCGGCAGGGCGCGCGAUCGUACGCAUGACGGUUUAUUUUACCCUCGUAUACGA